AUGGGCGAUGCCAGCGACAACAAACCAACCCGCCUCCCCCAAAUCACCGACCGCGAAACCCACGACUCAAUAAUCUCCCGCGAAAACCAAACCGCCAACAUCCCUAUAGUAAUGUACGUCUCCUCAUCAACACCAAAAUCCCGUGCUUUCACGCCCAAAAUGCUAGAGUUGUCGCAAAACCCGGAGUUCAAGGAUGUCAAGUUUUAUGAGAUGGAGAUGAUGGCUUCGACGACGCCGAUGAUCAAGUUUGGGCCGCAGAAUUGUCCGAUUGUGUUUUUGUUUAGGGGGACGUGGUGUGAGACAUUGUUGGGGAUUGGUGGAAUUGAGGUGGUUGAAGAGCAUGUUAGGGGGAUGUUGGCGAGGAACUAG